AAAAAAUUCGCUCAUUUUUCUAUAUUAUCAUAUUUUAUUUUAAUUUAUUAUUACCACUGAAUCAAAACUUAGAUAUCAUCGAACGUCCUCCAAGCUCCCCAACUGCUCUCAGGAUCUCAGUUUCUCUCGUCUUCCAUCGAUGGCGGCUCUUUCGUCCUCUCUCUCUCUUCCCAAGAAUGCUCAACAACUCCAUCCUUCUUCUGGCCUAUCUCUGAAGCCAAGCGCCCAUUGUGUUAAUGUUUCUUUUGGACUAAAUCGCUCCAACAAACUGCAUUUUUCUGCUCUUAAAAGCAAAAGGAUCUUAACCAUUCAAUCAGCAUACAGAGAUGAUGACAGUUCAGGUAGCACAGGCCUAUUUGUUGGAGGGUUUAUUUUGGGUGGACUCAUAGUCGGUGCCCUCGGAUGUGUAUAUGCACCACAGAUCAGCAAGGCGAUAGCUGGAGCAGACAAAAAGGAUCUCAUGAGAAAAUUGCCUAAGUUCAUAUAUGAUGAGGAAAAGGCUUUGGAGAAAACCAGAAAGGUACUGGCCGAGAAAAUUGCGCAGCUCAACUCUGCUAUCGACGAUGUAUCCUCUCAGCUCAAAUCAGAAGAUACCCCGAAUGGGGCAGCUCUAAGCACCGAUGAAGCCGAGGCUACAGCCUGAAUAAUCAUGAUCUGUUUUAGGAUUUGAAAUCGCGGGUGAUUACUUAUUAUGAUCCCAAUAAUUGUUUGCUGUUUCUGUGUAAUUUUGUACAACUUUUCCGUCUAUCUUUAAACCAUUUGCCUUCUGCACUGUUUUUCUUAAAAACCAUGUUGAAAGAUAUCAACUUGCUAUGCCAAAUCCAAGUUUACCAAGGCAA